UGCUACACCCAUUUGCCCUAAGAGACUGAAGAGGGAUAGAACUAUGGAGACCGUAACACGAAAACCGUUGUAGCUCACUGUUGGCCAUAGCCGUCGAGUUUUGAGCUUCCUUUUCUUGCUGCUAUAUCCCGUUGAGAGUUUUGACUGUGAUUGGGUUCUAAGCAAGGUCGUUUACGGCCUUGUUUUGUUGUCCGAAGAGUAUUCGAUGGAUUUCGACGAGUAUGAUUACUUAGAGAAAACAGUUGAAAAUCCAGAAGCGCCGAAAGAAGAGAAGAUUGCAAAUGGUGGCGACGGGACUGUUAAAUCGGGAGAGAAGGACCGUAGCAGGAGCUCCAAGCAUAGGACUGAUGAUAACGAGGAUGAUUUAGAUAACCGCUCUAAGCGAGCACGAUCGGGAGAUGACUCUCGUGAUCAAGAUCGGCACAAAGAGAGGGGCUCCUCUCGUCACCGCUCGUCUCCUGAUCACCGGUCCAGGGAUGGUGAGAGGAGCGAGAGGGACCGGCACCACAGGGAUAGAGAUAGGGAUAGGGAGAGGGACAAGGACAGGGACAGGGAGAAGGAGGAAAGGAACGGGAAGGACAGGGAUCGUGACAGAGAUAGAGAGCGGGAGCGUGAAAAGAUAAGAGAGCGUGACCGAGAAAGUGAACGGGACAGGGAAAAAGAACGGGAGCGUUCACGCCGCAGCAGGAGCCGCUCUGAGAGGCACCGCAGUGAGCGUGAUAAGGAUGCUGAACGUGAGAUAGACAGAGAGAAGAGCAAAGAGAGGGAGUUCAAGGAAAGGGAGUUACGAGACAAGGAUCGAGAUGGCAGACGAUAUAAAGAGAAAAAGGAGGAAGCGGAGCCUGAGGCCGAUCCAGAACGAGAUCAGAGGACUGUGUUUGCUUAUCAGAUUUGUUUGAAGGCAGAUGAAAAAGAUGUCUAUGAAUUCUUUUCGAGGGCUGGCAAGGUGCGAGAUGUACGGCUUAUAAUGGAUCGCAAUUCAAGACGUUCAAAGGGAGUGGGGUAUAUUGAAUUUUAUGAUGCAAUGUCAGUCCCGAUGGCAAUAGCACUUUCUGGUCAGCCACUUCUUGGUCAACCAGUGAUGGUUAAACCUUCAGAGGCUGAGAAAAAUCUGGUUCAGUCAAAUACAGCUGCAGCUGGAGGACCAGGAGGUGCUAUUGGACCAUAUUCAGGAGGUGCUAGAAGGUUGUACGUUGGCAAUCUGCAUUUCAACAUCACAGAAGAUCAACUUCGUCAGGUUUUCGAACCAUUUGGUCCUGUGGAGCUGGUUCAAUUGCCUCUUGACCCAGAGACUGGACAUUGCAAAGGUUAUGGGUUUGUCCAGUUUGCACGUCUUGAAGAUGCAAGAGCUGCACAAAGCUUAAAUGGACAACUUGAUAUUGCUGGUCGGAUAAUCAAGGUAUCUGCUGUUACUGAUCAAGCUGGAAUGCAAGACAUUGGGGCUAAUGCUGGUGAUUUUGAUGACGAUGAUGGUGGAGGCUUGUCUCUGAAUGCUCGUUCUAGAGCUAUUCUCAUGCAGAAAUUGGAUCGGAGUGGCACUGCUUCAAGUAUUGCUGGUUCACUUGGUACGUCUGUUGUCAAUGGCCCUGGUCUCACUCUACCAACAGCAUCGGUUCUUGGUGUUGCACCUGUGGUCAACCCCCUUGUUUCCCCACUUGGACAAACGGCUGUUCCUGCACUUGCUGGAUUGCAGGGGACGGGUCUUUCAAUUUCUGCUGGAACAGUUCCUUCUGUUGAUAAUAUUGGUGUGCCCAGUGAAUGUCUAUUGCUGCAGAAUAUGUUUGAUCCAAAUUUGGAGACUGAACCAGAUUUUGAUUUGGAUAUAAAGGAAGAUGUUCAAGAUGAAUGUUCAAAGUUUGGGCCGGUGAAGCAUAUCUAUGUGGACAAGAACACUGCUGGGUUUGUAUACUUGCGUUUUGAAAAUGCUCAAUCUGCGAUUAAUGCACAGAAUGCACUCCAUGGUAGGUGGUUUGCUGGAAAGAUGAUUAUGGCGACGUUCAUGCCUACUCUUACAUAUGAGGUGAAAUUUCCUGACAGCAGAUAGCUUUGUUUAGUCAUGAUGGACCGAGUGGGAGUUUAAACAGUAGUUUUACUGUUAAUAUUCCUUUCUCAAAUUUGUUGCUUCAACGUAGGGUAGUCUGGACGUAUCCUUGUGUAUCAAAAAGGUAAAUGUUGGUAGUCAUUCGGGGGGCCUGUUUAGCCCAUUU